AUGACAGCAUCGAAGCCACUCACAGUCGGUAUAAUCGGACCCGCAGGCUUCGGCGGGUCCUACCUCAGCGUCGAGCUGCUGAAGCGCGGACAUACAGUCGUUGGGAUAUCGCGCAACCCUCAAGCUCUAGGAAAACACGCGCGCUACAUCCCGCGCCCCGUGGACAUCGACGCCGUAUCGAUUUCCCAACUUGCGGAAUCUUUCCAAGGACUGGAUAUCUUGGUUUCGAUGUUCGGCCCUCACACAGAAGGCCCCAUGGCCCUCCUCUACCAGCCCUUCCUCGAAACAACCCGCAAACUAAUCCUCGCCUACAAACAAUCCCCCGCGUCCUACUUCCUCUUCGUCGGCGGCGCAGGCAGCCUGCACAUCCCUGGAACUCAAGACUCCUGCGUCGACCACCCGGAUUUCUUCGUCGCGUACCGGCGCGCCAUAUCGACGUCGCUCGCGCACAUUGCGUACAUGGAGGAGCGGCUGGGUAUAAUGGGCACGGCAUUACGACGAUACCGCGAGGCGAGGAUUGCGGAGAGAGAGGGCAGGCAGAGCGAGGAGGAUGGCAGGGUGAUUGCGGAGUACGAGAAGCAGAUUAGGGAGAAGGAUCAGGCGAGUGAUUUCAUCAAGGCGGGGCGGACGGCGUUUAUGAUGUUUGAUGGGAAUACGAGUUUCAGAUGGGGGUUUGUGAGUCCGAGUGCGUUGUAUCGGCCGGGAAAGAGGACGGGACAGUAUAAGAUUAGUGUGGAUGACAUGGUGUUGGAGGGAGAGCAGCAGGUGGGGAAGGACAUAUUUGAGGGGAGACUGACGGGGAUUAGUGUGGCGGACAUGGCGAUUGCGAUUGCGGAUGAGAUUGAGCAGCAGAAGUUGGUGUGGAAGCAUUGGAGUGCGUGGGGGGAUAUUAGUGAGGAUUUGCCGGGGCCAAGUUAUUUGAGGUUGGAUGCUGUGGAGGGGGGAAGUGUGUGA